UUAGGGCUGUUUGUGUGCAACUGGAGACUCAGAAGGACUGCGGUGUCAACAGGAUGACUUUGUAAAUUUGUCCUUCCCAUUCUCAUAGUGCGCGUUUUGAAGGGGGACAUCGCUUCAGAGAGACUGUUUUCAUAGCGGAACAGUCCAAAAUGCAGCACGUAUGUGGAAUAUUGGAAAAUCACAGGUGAAGCUGUGCGAGUAAUUUCGGUAACGGAUUGGGUGGCGGAUCCAGGAAAAAUGCGGAGAGAUGCAGAGCAGGCGCUGACUCUGAUGUGGCUUCUCUCUUGGAUCUCACACAGCAUGUGUCAUUCUCCCCCAGGGAGGCCCAGACUAACAAAAUGUCGUUCGCCUGAGAAAGAGACCUUUACUUGCUGGUGGGAGCCUGGAUCAACUGGUGGAUUGCCCACCAGCUACCACCUGUAUUACAGAAAAGAGAGCUCUGUGGAAGUCUUUGAAUGCCCAGAUUAUCAUAAGGCGGGGAACAAUUCCUGUUAUUUUGAUAAGCGGCAUACAUCUAUUUGGAUCAUAUACAACAUCACAGUGGUGGCCUCCAAUACACUGGGAAAAGCCUAUUCAGAAUCUGUGGAAGUUGAUGUUAUGGAUAUCGUGCAGCCUCACCCUCCAGAAAAUGUGAAUGUAACUUUGAUGCAGACCAAGAACAGUCCUUAUUUCCUGGUGCAGUGGCAGCCUCCUCGUGACGCAGACACCCGCUCAGGCUGGGUAACAAUCAAAUAUGAAGUUCGCUUAAAAAUGGAGAACAGCGGAGACGAGGAGGACAGCAGCAAUUGGGAGUCAUAUGAUGCUGGAAAACAGUUGGAGUUUAGCAUCUAUAGUCCUCAACCAGGAGCAAAGUACGUUGUGCAAGUGCGCUGCAAACUAGACCAAGGCCUCUGGAGUGAAUGGAGCCCAUCCGCUUUCAUCCAGCUUCCAGACAAUAUGUCUGACACACAGAAUGCAGUUAUGAUCCUUGCCGUCACUCUAACUGUCGUCAUUUUCCUGCUGACUGCAGGAGUGCUGACAGUCAAGAUAAAAUGGGUGAAGCAUUUUUUACUGCCACCAGUUCCAGAACCAAAGAUCAGUGGCUUAGAUACUCAGCUUCUUAAGAGUGGGAAGUCUGAGGAGAUCUUCAGAGCUCUGGUUACUCUGGAAUAUCCCCAAAUAGCCCAGAGCUCAGACCGUCAGGUGGAGUAUCUCGUGGUCUCUGACUAUGAUGAAGAAGCAGAGUCUGAUAGCAAAGCUCAUCUUGAGUACCAAAAGAAAGAAAACUGUGCAGAUACUGCACAAAACACCAUCCAGGGGCUAAACACUACACUAAGUGAGCAGGCCUACCCUGGGACUGUCUCCAGUCAGCUAAGUCCUGUCAUUGGAGAUCUUCAGCAACGACUUCACCUUGAUUCCAAUGGCUCACCAGUAAAAGCUCAGGACCAAAACACUCAAAUGAUCUCCGAUAGCAAAUGUGAGCAUGUCAGCAUCACCCCUGCUAGAUUUACAGGGUACGUGGAAGUUAACAAAGAGAAACGAGACCAGAAGCCCCUGGUAGGGGAGGACUACAGUAUGGUCAGUGAUGUUAUCAGUGAUAAUAUCCUUGUACUACAAGACAGCAUCCCUGUACAGGGACACAAAAAGGUCAAAUGUGACAAAACUUCUGGAUCUGAGGGAACUGGAGAUGUCAUUGAACCUCUGGGAUACAUGGAAACCGUGACAACAUUUUCAAGUGGAUCUUGACUAUUUUGUGACUUCAACUUUUGAGGUUUGGGACUAUUUUGUCUUUUUUGUCUUGUAGUGUCCUGUUCAAACUAUCAAGCACUUUGUUAGUAGAGAUGUGAGAAGGGUUCUUUCAGAAAUCUGUGGUGUGUUUCCCAUACAAUGACAUAACUUACUGCUUAACUACUAUAGUACAAUGCAAUCGUUGGAUGAAUUAACUAGCUAGUCAUGAUUGUUUCCCGAGUUUCCCGAUUGUUUCUAGAAUUGUGUAAAGUAAUAACUUCUGCUAAUUAAUCGGUUCAAGAUUGAAUUAAUGUCAGAUUAUUGCUGCCAGUAAUGAAUAUGGCAUCUGAGGGACUACUUCAGUAUUUUUGUUUGCCAUUACUUUGCUUUAUUUCCCGAUGUUUGAUUCAAUCCUGGGUUGCUAGAGCACAUUCACACAUGCUCUCUUCAAAAACAGUUCUUUUAUUCUCUUUCCAAACUAAAAGAUGUAGAAUGAAAUUUGUAUAUACUCACAGGCCACUAUAUUAGGUACACCUUGCUAGUAUGGGGUUGGACCCACUUUUGCCUUCAGAACUGCCUUAAUUCUUUGUGUUUUAGAUUCAACAAGGUGCUGGGAACAUUUGUCAGAGAUUUUGGUCCAUAUUGACAUGAUAGCAUCACGCAGUUUAUUCAGAUUUGUCAGCUGCACAUCCAUUAUGCAAAUAUCCUGUUCCACCAGAUCCCAUCGGUGCUCUAUUGGAUGUUCAUGUUCAAGAAACCAGUUUGAGUUGAUUUGAGCUUUGUGACAUGGCAUGUUAUCCUGCUGGAAGUAGUCAUCUGAAGAUGGGUUCACUGUGGUCACAGAACUGCUACUCACUGGAUAUCCUUCGAACCAUUCUCUCUAAACCCUAGAGAUGAUUGUGCGUGAAAAUCCCAGUAGAUCAGCAGUUUCUGAAAUACACAGACCAGCCCGUCUGGCACCAACAACCAUGCCACAUUGAAAGUCACUUAAAUCAACUUUCUUCCCCAUGCUGAUGCUCAGUUUGAACUUCAGCAGAUCGUCUUGACCAAGUCUACAUGCCUAAAUGCAUUGAGUUGCUGACGUGAUUGGCUGAUUAGAUAUUUGUGUUAUUGAGCAGUCGAACAGGUGUACCUAAUAAAGUGGCCGGUGAAUGUAUAUAUGGAAUUAAAGAUAUAAAUUGUACUACGUUACCUUGCUUAUUUUGCUCAAGAGCAUGAUCUAAGUUUUGGGAAACACCAAAUCAUAUGUUGGUAACGACAGAACUUGCAACCAUAGUUUGCUAUCGAUACUGUGAAAUGCACCCAUGUUAUGUUGUAUCUGUCAACCUGCACAACCCCAGCUACGGUUUGCACAAAAACAGAAUGGUUUCUGUGGGUAAUUUAUGAUAAAAACAGGAAGCUGUCAUAAAGGAGAUUAAAAGGCAGCUUCAUUCUGAACCAUUUUACACAUCGACCAACAGCUGUUAAAAAAUACCCCACUAAACAUAAUUAAAUUAAUUGUUAAACCUCAUGAAAUGUUUCUUCAACCUACUACCUCAUAGCAGACAUAUAAAACACCACAAUGGAGUUUCACCACUCUCUCUAAAGACCUGGCACUUUUCUUAAUGCUUUUGUUGCUGCUGAUUUUUAAAUUUGAUUGUUGUUAAGCAUUUUUAUAGUUUUAAGGAAACACAUUUUCAUAUGCAGCAAAGUGUAUGUUUAUUCACAGUGAUACUAUGAAUAUAAAAAGUGUGAGAUUUCUUUGGUCAAAACAACUAAUGAUUUUACUGUGUAUUUAUUGAACUAGAUCUACUAUUUGUAUGUUGCUCACAAUGCAUUUUAUUUAUACUUAAUGUUGAUUUAUAACACUGAUUCAAUGUUAAAAUGGA